AGAGCCGCGCCGAGGCUCCCGGCGAGGAGCCGAUCCAGCAGGCAGCGAGUGCCACAUCACUGUGCUGCCUGCACUGAGGGCUCCAGCAUGGUCCUGAGGCUCCUGCUCCUCCUCGGCGGGCUGCUUAGGGUCACCGAGCCAGCGCCCCGCUGUGAAACCGGCCAGGAGACCCUAGGUCAAUGCCAAACUGGACAGAAAGCAAAAUGUGUGGACAUUGCCUUAAGUUCUUGUACUGAUGUUACCUACACUCAGAUGAUGUAUCCUAAUUUUCUGGAUCAGAAGUCUCGGGAAGUGAUAGAGUACAGCUCUGAGUACAUUCUCAUCAGUGUGCUGCACAACUUGCUCCAGGGGGAAUGUAAUCCCGACCUGAGGCUCCUGGGCUGCUCAGUGCUGGCCCCACAGUGUGAAAAGGACAAAGUUAUAAAGCCCUGCAGGCACGUCUGUGAAAACCUGAAAAAGAAUUGCCUCCCUGCUUUUGAUGCCAUAGACAUGGCUUGGCCCUACUUCUUAGACUGUGACCGCUUUUUCGCGGGGGAAGAAGAGGGAUGUUUCGACCCACUGGCAAAGCUGCGAGGAGAAGUAGAUGUUGAGGAAGAUUUGCCUUCAGACUUGCCAGCAACUUUUAUUCAGUUCAAACACCAUUCAUACUCCCAAAUGGUGAGCACGCUGAAGAAGACUGCCUCGAAGUGCUCCCAUAUUGCAACAACUUACAGCAUAGGUCGCAGUUUUGAUGGGAAGGAUCUUUUUGUGAUUGAGUUUUCAACCAAGCCCGGACACCAUGAACUCCUCAAGCCAGAAUUUAAGUACAUUGGCAAUAUGCAUGGAAAUGAAGUUGUGGGGAAAGAACUGCUAAUAUACCUUGCACAGUAUCUGUGUUCAGAGUAUCUUCUUGGGAAUCCUCGCAUCCAGACCUUGAUUAAUAACACCAGAAUUCAUCUCCUACCUUCACUCAACCCUGAUGGGUAUGAACUGGCUGCAGAAGAGGGAGCUGGUUACAACGGAUGGGUCAUUGGACGACAGACAGCUCAGAACUUGGACCUGAACAGAAAUUUCCCUGAUUUGACAUCUGAGGCUUACAGAAGAGCUGGGAUUCGUGGAGCCCGCCUUGACCACAUCCCCAUUCCACAAUCCUACUGGUGGGGUAAGGUGGCCCCUGAGACGAAAGCAGUCAUGAAGUGGUUGAGGUCUAUUCCAUUUGUGCUCUCUGCCAGUCUCCAUGGAGGUGAACUUGUUGUCACCUACCCUUAUGACUAUUCAAGGCAUCCUAUGGAAGAAAAAAUGUUCUCGCCCACACCUGAUCAGAAGAUGUUUAAAAUGCUGGCUAAAGCCUAUGCAGAUGCACAUCCAGUCAUCUCAGACCGAUCCGAACUUCGUUGUGGUGGAAACUUUGUGAAACGUGGAGGUAUUAUAAAUGGUGCUGAGUGGUACAGCUUCCCUGGAGGUAUGGCAGAUUUUAAUUAUCUCCACACAAAUUGCUUUGAAGUUACUGUGGAAGUAGGAUGCGAAAAGUUUCCUUUGGAAGAAGAACUGUUUAUAAUCUGGCACGAAAACAGAGAUGCCCUUCUGAAUUACAUGGAAAUGGUUCAUCAGGGGAUAAAAGGAAUCGUGUCUGAUAAGUUUGGCAACCCAAUUAAAAAUGCUCGUAUUUCAGUCAGGGGCAUCCAGCAUGAUGUCACCACAGCUGCUGAUGGAGACUACUGGCGGCUCCUGCCGCCGGGGACGUACAUCGUCAGCGCCCAAGCGGCGGGAUACAGCCGGGUGAUGAAGAGGGUCACCCUUCCUGCCAAGAUGAAGCGGGCUGGGCGAGUCGACUUCGUACUGCGGCCUCUUGAGGCCUGGCCCAACAAGCUCCUCCGCCGCUCAAUGGAAGACGCGUACGACCCACUGGAACUUUUUGACCCUCACGCCCAACACGGGCAGCGCGAGGCUCGAGGUGGGUUGGCAGCGGGCAGGGAGAAGCCCUGGUGGUGGUCUUACUUCAGCUCUCUAGACCUGCACAAACCUCUGUGGCUGCUCAAGCAGCGCUGAAGGGUGCCACGGUGCUCUGCUCACCUCACUCUGCCCUCCCACCCGACUCCAGGCUCCCUCACUGCUCUUGACAAUAUUUAAAUCUGUUCCAUUUGAAAAUACAAUGUUAAUUCAAACACGCUUACUCCUUUUGUUUUCUCUUCACACACAACUGAGUAUGUUCGAGUGUUUUUAUGUAUUAAAACCACUGGUGCACACCCGUUCAAAGCCAGGUUUUCUGCAGUUUUUUUAUUGGUAAUACUCUAUAUUUCUGCCUAUGUAGUUAAUUAUCACAUGUAUCAUUUAUCAAGUUCUAAGUGCCUUCAGAAAAUUAUUCCUGAUCCUUUAAUGCAUUUUUGUACGUGUCUUAACAUACUUAUGUUAUUAUAGACUAAUAAUAACAUUCUGAAACAUUCAGAAAACACUUUUCUUUCCUCUUUUACGUGAAACUACCAUAUUAAGUUCAGAUCAUUAGUUCUUCUAAUACAGCUCACAAUGAUUUUUUUAAAAAAGUCCACUAUAUGAUAUUAGUAUUUAUUUUGGACAGAAAAACAUAAUAAUUAGGAAUUAGGAACUUGGAAAUAAAUCUAUAUCUGAAUAAGUAACAUAUUUAGUACAAUGGGCUAUUCAGGCAGAUCAGUACCAAUAAUAACAUAUUUUCCCAAGAAAAUUUUUAAAGUUAUCCUUUGAAGACAUAUAUCAAAAAUGUUAA